AUGACAAUUCAAACAUCACACGUUCACCACGAUCAAAUCGCUAAAGAUGGUUUCACUAUUGUUAGAGGCUUUUUAACACCAGAAGAAGUAAAAAGAUACAGGCAAGCUUCAGAAAAUGUUGUUGAAUAUGCUAGAGAAGGUAAAUGGCCGGAAGUCAGGACAAGAGGGAAGCAGUUUCCUCCUUGGCCCAAGAAUUUUAGCCCUGAUAUCUGGGGAAUAUCAGGAUUGUUGAACCCUGAUUUAGGGGAUAUGUCAAGACCAUUCCAUGAAUGCUAUGCGUCUGAUAAAUUAUUAGAUAUUGCCGGCGAUAUCUUACAGACAGAUAAUAAUGGGUUAAGUAUGGAACUUUUUAACAUGCUUAUUAACCCUCUAACAGACUUUGAUUUAGAUUGGCAUAGAGAUUACAUAAAACCGGAGGUUAGUGAAAAAGAGGAGGCCGAACAAUUAUUGCAAGAUCCAUACGCAGGGACUCAGUUCAAUUUGCCAUUGACGGAAGAUAAAUGCUUAAUUGUUAUUCCUGGUUCUCAUAAUAGAAUUAGGACACCGGAGGAGCGUGAAAAGACUUCCAACGAUAAUAGAAAAGAAUUUAUCGAUGGCCAAAUCGCAGUUGGUUUGAAUCCUGGUGAUAUUGUCUUCUACAAUAGUAAUAUUUUACAUAGAGCGUCUUAUUCAUCGAAAAGUAUCAGAUUAACGUUACAUGGUUCUUACGGACAUGUUGAUCACGGCAAAACAAGAGCCAAAGGUGUUUUACAACAUGGUGUAGCAGAAUGGUUACCAAGGUUUGAAACUAAGGAACCAAAUUUGCAAUUAAUGAAAGGUAAGUUGGAGAAUUUAGCUAAGCAGUUCGAAGGGGCUAAUUUAGGUUACUCGCUUGACGGAUAA